GCCCCACCCUGCCCUGGCCAUGCUGCAGAGCACCACCUGAAGUCCACCCCUGCUCAGCCCCAGCAUGCCCCAGGCAUCCUUGGACUGCGAGCACCCACCCGACUGGCCUGCGAUUCCACCUCGUCUCCUCUUGUCCUGUCUUCCCUGCCACCAACAGGCACAUCGGCGACAGCCCUGGAGCCAAGCCAUCUUGACUCCCUCUCCUCCCCGAGAUCACCUCACCUCGACAAGAGUCGCCCGCCUUCCACACUCCCGACAAAGACCGGUAGCCAGCAGGGAACCGCCGCCGACGGCCAUCCGCCUAGCCCUCGCCUCCUGCCAUUUGCCUCGUGCACAAGACUCGGCACCACUGGGACGUCAAGGUUUACAGCUCUCCCGUUCCCCCUCCCUCACUGCUACCACGAGACUUUCGGCGUCGCGGUCGACCACAAGACGAGCCCAACGCCCAACACCCACGCCCCGCCUAGAGCCUGAGGCUCGCGGCCACCACCCCGUCGCAGCGGUUGCCAGUCAGCCAUCCACUCCCAAUGUGAAACCUGGACCAUGUCUUCCAGAGAUCGCGACGUCGACGCCGACGACGUGCCCAGGGAAAAGCGAUCCUCGAGAACCAAGGGCGACAGGGAUAGAACAAGGGACAAGGACCGCGAUAGGGAAUCUAGACGGCACCACAAGUCCCACAGAUCCUCCAAUCCUGUCAUCGCCACAGGCUCCUAUGUGUCCCAGUCCGGCUCCGCUCGACGACACAAACUCAGGGACGCUUCCUCAUCCAAGAGCCGCCUCGAAGAGCCCCUCGACGAGAACUCCUCAAUGACUGACCUUGUGCCCGAGCUGAACCGUAGCAGGGACAGGGUCCACAUACCGUAUCCCACUUUCAGCAAAGCCCACAGCAAGGAGUCUGUGGCCAGCAAGGAUGACCUCACCACCAGCUCCGCCGCCGGUCGGGGCACCGGCACCGGCACCGGCACAGAUCCCCUGACACCAGAGACGACGGACCUUGGCACAGCCGAGGACAUCAAGCGGUCCAAGUCGGCAGACUUCGGUUCCAAGAGGAAGCUGUCACGCAAGGCCGACCGCCCUCCGAGCCCGCCAGACACCAACCUGUCCGAGGAGAAGAAGGGGUCGACGCCCUCUGUCAGGCUGAAGGAGGCAGAGGAUAGACCACGAUCGAGGACGUCGCAUGCCUCUAGGUCAACCUUCAAGACAGACGAGACGUCCAAGCUCUCUAGGAAGUCCAAGUCUUCCAGCCAGGCCACCUUCGUCAGGCCAUCAGCAUCUAAGGCUGCCUAUGCCGACACAGACAACGCGGCGGACAGCGAACGUGACCCACGAUCGGCAGCUACAUCGGUCACAACCAAGAGAUCAGUCUCCGGCAAUACGCUCAGGCCGCCCGGGCCCGAUCCGAUCGAUGUUAUCGACGAUUCUCCGGAGUCUGCUCAGGAGUCCUCUUCGCCAAAGACGCCAACAAACACAACCCCUCAGUUCCCUCCGCCCCCCAUGUUCCACGACGACAAGCACGGCAUACCGUAUCACAUGCGCUUUGAACGUCCUCAACAAGUGCCCACACCCGCCACGGACUUCACAGACUUGAGCAACGCACAGGACGCGCCUCCGCCUCCGCCUCCUCCCCCACCGCCAUUGAAUAUCCAAGAAGCCCCCAAGGUCGACUAUCUCAUGCAGAACGGCGGUCUCACGAAUGUUGUGCCCAAGAACUUUCUGGCCGUAUUGCCCAGGCAGAAUGGAACUCGGCCUUCAAACCCUCCCCUGCGCGGUGCGGAGACGCUAUUUGCGCCGUUCUUCAACCUUCUAGAUCAGUACCAAGAAGUUUUAACCAACCGCGGCUCCAUAGCUGUGGCUACUGGUCACCGAACCGUGGCAAGGAGGCUUCUUGACCGGCUCGAGGACGUCUUCAACAGGGAUCUGCCAGAGGAAGGAUGCAGCUGCAUAAUGUGCGAGAAAGACGGAGAGAAGCAUCGUGGUCUUGGUUGGGGAGAGGUCCUAGAAAGGGUCAGUGGACGUGUGGAGAUACCAUCUUGGCCGCCGUUUGAUAUAGGGACUCUGGGGGUCAAGGCACCUGAGGCUGCACCGAGCGAGCCCCCGCGACCGUCGUCACCAGUCAAGAUCGACCCAGACAUUGCAGAGGAGUUCAGAGAGCAUUACCUCCGUCAAUCCAAGAAGGUCAAGGCCGCUGUAGAUAGGUGGCUUACGAACUGUGCCGAGGCACCCGCACCUCCGCCUCAGGAUGUCGACGACGAGACCCUCACUUUCGCCAUCCUCACGGCACUGGACCAAGAGGACCGACCGUACUUCAACGCCCUUCUCACAGGGGCGCGAGAGCUUCAGCCUGCGCUCCGCGCGCCAACGCCCAUGCGCAAGCCACGCGCAGAUCUCGUGAUCAAGUCCGGCCUCGCUUUGCAGCGACUCUACAGGCUGCCACAGGCCCCUCGCGAUGCCGAAACGGUGUGCUACCUCGUCAAGCACCCGCAGAUGCAUGACCUACUCAGCACGAUAUGCGACAUCAACCCCCCCGAAUGGGAGAUACUCAUAUCGGGACGUUUUGACGGCUUCCUUUGGUCGGGUGCAGAUGCUGACGACGACGAUGCCGCGACACCGACUGCGGGGCCGUCUCGGGGAGCGACGCCAAACUUCUUCCCUCAGCGCGGCCCUCCUUCUCGGGGAGCAACCAUGAGCCCUAAUAAUAUUGCCCGAUUCACGCCGGCGUUGGGCAUCGGCACGAGGAAUACCACCCCUUUCUCCAGAGGCACCACGCCUGCCUCUUUCGUAUCUGGCGCGAGUUCGGCGUAUCCGAAUAGACAAGCUGUGUCUAAUGAUGAAGAGUCCGAGAUCGCAGUGCUUGCCGAACUUGAGCGAGAGAUAUACGUGGGCAUGGAAGCCCUAGAGGACGCCUUCGAGACCUUGCACCAGCGCGCCGAGCUCGUCCGUACAGCCCUCCGUCAGCGCGGCGCAGGUCUAUCCAUGAGCUUGCAACAGCGCCGUGGCUACGGCCUAGCGUCGGAUGUCAACGGUGGGAUUCAAGUCCUCCCCCAGAGUGGUGGGUCUGUGCCAGGUAUGGACCGGCCACAGUGGGCAGAUGAGGAGAGCCUCGCGUCCGAGUCGACGGACGACUGGGGUAUCGACGCGGACUGGGAGCUGCGCCCCGAUGACUCGGCAAGUAAUAUUUCUAGUUCACGACAACGGAGACCGAAGAGAAGAGACGAGAGAAGGAGCACGCCUGCACCCAUCAGGGAGGAGGACGAGACAUAAUGAACAACAGUUAUUUUGGGCACAUGCACGCAGCAGUCUGAAGACAGCAGAAAGCCAAGUGUUUUAAGACUUCAGGUCAGAACAUAGCCUCACAUCUGAGCGAGCGAGCGAGCGAGGGCAUAAAUCGUAACGCGAUUUGCGGCGGAUACCAUUCAUGUAUAUUCCAUGUUUCUUCUUCUUCCUCGCAUCAGUAUUUGCGCGAACGCAUGGCAUUCGAAGCUAUCAGGGCUUCAUCUCUCUCCUUUGCACGCAGGCAAGUGGAGCAAAGCACUUGAGAGUUCCCAGUGCUCACGGGUGUGGAAGGAAACAAAAGUUACUCGGCUGUCGCGUCCCUGGGUCGUGCACGCAAGUUUGUGAAUUAAAAGGCUUUAUAUCCGGGCUCGGUACUGGAAAGCGAGCCUUGCACGCCACAUACUGCAUAUCAUUGGGAGUUAUUGGUAUUGGACAUGUAGCCGGUUCCGUCCUUUUGUCCUUCUAAUUGGCUUUCUCAUAACUUGUGAGAAGGGUUACGUGUUACUGGAUAGCUCUUCACGGCAAGGUAUUCCAAGCAAGUAAUUAUGUGGUUUCGCUUCUAUUCCGUAUACGUCCGAGGACAUACAUGGCGCCUUCAUAUGGUAGUAAGCGCUCAAGAAUUACUUCUUCUCUAAGUCGAGAAAUUGUG